UAAUUACCCUCUAUCAGCACCAGUCAUUUUUUGAACCUGAAGACAACAUAGCGUCCUCACAGAACGCGCUGGUGUCAAAUUUUCUCUCCAGUAAAACUUCCCCACCCAGAAAGUUUACCUUGUCCUUAAACUCUUUUUGAGCAGAAACCACACACAAUAAAGAGGAAGUCUAUGGCUGUUUCUUUGAAUUCCGUCAUGGGCUUUCCCUCAACUAGUUCUCUUGGGUAUUUCGGCAACAACUGGAGUUUCAGGCCUUGUACAAGACUAACACCUUGCAUUUCCCAAGAAAGGAAUGACAUAUUGCUCGGGAAAAACAAGAACUAUACAAGCUUUGCAGGAUAUAAUGGAGUUCCUUUAACAGAAAUUUCUUGUGUUCCAAGUGCUGCUGUCAGUCAAAAUGAGAUUCCUCCACUUGUUAGUGCUUUAAAAGCUUCAGCUGAAGAAAAUGCUGCAAGUUUCCAUUUUCCUGGCCAUAACAGAGGACAAGCAGCACCAUCAUCGUUGACUCAGCUCAUUGGUGCAAAACCGUUUCUUCAUGAUUUGCCUGAGCUUCCGGAACUUGACAAUCUCUUUGCACCAGAAGGCCCCAUUUUAGAAGCACAAAAACGAGCGGCAAGACUUUUUGGAGCAUCGGAAACAUGGUUCCUUGUUGGCGGUAGUACAUGUGGAAUUCAGGCAGCCAUUAUGGCUACUUGUUCACCUGGUGAUACUCUUAUUCUCCCACGGAAUUCUCAUAUCUCAGCCAUAUCUUCCAUGGUACUGUCUGGUGCACUUCCAAAGUACAUCGUCCCUGAAUAUGAUUUCAAGUGGGAUGUUGCUUGUGGCAUCACUCCAUCACAGGUGAAUGACACAAUAAAAGAGCUAGAAAUGGAGGGCCGAAAAGCAGCUGCCAUUUUGGUUGUGUCCCCUACCUAUCAUGGUAUAUGCAGCAACUUGGGUGAGAUUUGUCUUAUUUGUCAUUCUUAUAAUAUCCCCGUAAUUGUCGAUGAGGCUCAUGGGGCCCAUUUAGGAUUUCAUCAGGAGCUGCCUAGCUCAUCCCUCAGCCAGGGAGCUGAUCUUUCUGUACAGUCUACUCACAAAGUUUUGUGUGCGCUUACACAAUCAUCAAUGUUGCACAUGCAAGGAAAUCUUGUAGAUAGAGAAAGAAUCAGCAGAAGCCUGCAAAUGCUUCAAAGUAGUAGCCCUAGUUAUCUGCUAUUAGCAUCUCUGGAUGCCACCAGGGCCCAACUAAGUGAAAAUAGAGAGGAUAUUUUUGACAAAGCAAUAGACUUGGCUCUGGAAGCAAGAAGCUUGAUUAGUAAAAUUCCCGGAAUCUCAGUCUUUGAGUAUCCAAGUUUCUCUAGUUCUGUUCAUAUCGACCCAUUGCGACUCACCGUUGGUGUAUGGCAGUUAGGUCUUUCAGGUUUUGAAGCAGAUGAUAUAUUGUGCAAUGAUUUUGGUGUUGUUUGUGAACUUGUUGGGACCAAAUCUUUUACUUUGGCUUUUAACUUAGGGACUCAAAGAGAUCAUAUCCUUCGGCUUGUAGAUGGUCUAAUGCAUCUAUCACAAACUUCUCACUUUCAUCAACCUGUCAAAGAUGAAGGCGAAAAUGUGAAUCGUUUUGUAUGCUUUGAUGAUGUUAGAAUUAGCAUGAGCCCAAGGGAGGCCUUCUUUGCUUCAAAGUGUAAAGUUAGCAUAAGAGAUAGCAUCGGUGAAAUUUGUGGAGAGCUUGUAUGUCCUUAUCCACCUGGUAUUCCAGUGCUAAUUCCUGGUGAGAUCAUCACAGAAGAAGCAUUGAAUUAUCUCCAGGAGAUCAGAAGCAGGGGUGCUGUUAUUACUGGAGCAGCUGAUUCCUCCCUAUCAUCUUUUGUUGUAUGUGUUACCUAAGCAUUCAUCCUGCACCUUUAAAAAGAAGCCUGAAAUAAGUAGUUGAAGGACAAAUGCGAAUGACUUUUGUGUCAGAUUACCCUGCAUUUGGCAUUUAAGAUCUUAGCCUUUCCUAUAUUGCAAGUAGCGGUUUUGGGUAUAGUUUGAGUUCAAAGCAACUUGUCGCGAGCCUAUUAAAGGAAACUGGCAACUCAAAGGUACCUCACCUCUAUGAGACUACUAUGUUGGACAUUCCUGCUCUAGGUUUGUUUUGCAUAAAAACGAAGACAUUCACGUUGUCUCUAUUGAUGUUCUCCCCAACAUUGACAUCUAGGAUUUCCACAUCUUUUCCUCAUUCUAGUAUUACUCUGGCCAAAGGAAGGUGGACAUAUUUCAAGAGCUAGGACUUUAUCAGCGGGGGGCAACAAGAUGAUCCCCAUCAAACUGGACAAAAGCUAUACAAGCAAGUGAAGCAAAAGAAACGCCGGCAAGCUAUUAAUCAUUAGACGGCAUUUCUAAUUGACACACUAGUUCAUCUAAAACCAAUAAGCUCUUUAGGAAUGCUCUUCCUCUUUUUUUGUGCCCUUCUUAUAGGGACUGUUAGCUGUUUGGCUUCUAUGUUGAGGUAAUAAUCCUUGUAAUCAUUUGGGGUGGAUGAUUUUUUUUUUUUUUUGGAUAAAAAGUGGAACAGUAAGAACAUGUAACAAGGCAUCUAUAUGGAAUUAUUUUCUUCUGUUGCAAGCUGGAAAGAUCAAAAUUGUCCUUACUCUGUUUCUGAUGCUCUCUCUUUUUUGUUGUGAUGGUAGAAACAUGAUCUGGACAUUAACAUUUCAGAAAUGCUAUCGAAAUUGGAACAAAACGAGGAUAAUUCUUGAAAAGAUGGAAAUGAAGAGUUCGUUCAGAUAAUGCAAUUUUGUAGUAACUUUUUAAAACACUCCACAACCGUACUUAGUAUUUUUGGAUGUGUAUUUUGAAUCUCGUGCUACUUUCAACUUCCAAGAAUGAAGUAUACAAAUAGUAAAUGUUGCAGUCUCUUAUUAAUUGUAAUUGGUGGUAAACCACUUUUUAAUAUCAAAAGGAAUGAACUUUAAUGCGUGACC